CAACUCGGUCUAUAUGUCUUUAGUUUAGGCAUCUUUACUCGUUCAUCGUGUUUUUUUCCUUCAAAUUGAUCGUAUAACUUCAAGUUCAACUUUCAAAUUCAAGGGCAUUAGGUUUCUUGGUAAAUCAUGUCUGUGACAGUACAGCAAAUUCUUGGGGAUGCUAAACGACUUGUUACUCGUCUACGUGAGCAUGAUAAUUCGGCUGAUAGUCUGAUUGGUCAAACUGAGACUUUAAGCAAGCAUAUAGAAUCAAUGAAACAGUACAGUGAUGGGCUAGCAGAUUUAAAUGCUGCUGCUCACCAUCGACCUCGCUCAGCCCUUAUCCUCAAUAUUCAACAAGAGAAUCGGCACAUCCGUGAAUUACAGCAGGAAAACCGAGAAUUGCGUUCAAUGUUGGAAGAACAUCAGUCAGCACUGGAGCUGAUCAUGAAUAAGUACAGAGAACAAGUGGCACGUUUGGCUCAGACCAGCAAAGAUGAAGAAGACUGUAUUAAGCAGAAUAACUGUCAGGAUCUGCAACAGAAAAUUGACAAGAUUUUUGAAAUGGUAGCUGUGAUGAAAAAAGCCAUUGAAAUAGAUGACGGUAAUGUCAACAAGGAGCAUGAAGAACUUGAGCAACUCAUGAAAGAGAAUCACCUCCUCAGAGAGUUACUGGAAAUCAGGAAAUCAGUGUCUUUAAUGAACCGUUGCCUUUUCUCAGAAAACACGUGUGACAUAGAAAUUCAAACAGAGUCUUGAAUGUAAAUUGUUUACAUUUCUUGAGGCAUAACACUGCAAUGAGAAAAUUAAUGAAAUCUUAUAAAGUUUAUUUCAAGGUUAGAGAUUACCCCUUUUUGUGAAAUAUGAAACUCGUAAUUAAAGCUGGACAUGAUGCUUGAAGUCUAGACAAAAUUUAAAACAAAAACUUGACAGUAAAUGUUUGGUCUUCGUAAUAAAAAGUGAAGUUACAAUGAGAACCGAAGAUGAUGCUGUAAUUUCUUUUUGAGAUCCAGUUGUCAGAAAGAUGAUGAAAAUGUUUCAAACUGGGACAUGGGUAUUGUUUACAAGAUACAAUCCAGUUUUCUGUCACACAAGUACAAAAAAGUUUAAUCUGUGAUAAUAUUAUGGUGUGCUUGCGUGUUUUAAAGUUAGUGUAAUAAUUAGUAACCAAACAGUGAUUUACUUUAGGAACUAAUUUUUAAAGCAUAAUUUUUCUUUUUUCUUAGCUAAAGAUUUUUUAUUGUUUUUUUUAUUAGUAAGUAGUGUGUAGAACCAUGACUGAUGGGUAUUUUUUUCAUUGUCCAGAAGUCGUGUGUGUCUCGGAAUGAAUAAAAAGCAUGUAAUUGUAAAUCUUUUUAUACCUUAACAUAGGAAUGGUAAUGUUUUUUUAUAUCAAGUAACUAUGAUUGAUAAACAUUAUUGAACAAAGCUGAAAUUCUGUUCUUAUUAAUUACAAAUGGUUAUUAAAGAAAGCUCCAAAUAUCAGGUAUUUAAAUAAUUUGUACAUUUGUCCAUUGUCUACACGUAUUCAAACACAUUACUAUUAAGUUUAUGCAGCAUUUACAAUUUCUGGUUAGUAUUAAAACUGUAACAUUUAGAGGCUCCAGCAACUGAUGUACGUGUUAUAUAUUGUGAUUUCAUAGAGACUGUAUUUCAUUGUAAGAUUAUUUCACUUGCAAAUUAACGUGUGCAUAAAAAAGAAAAAGAGUUAAACUCUGCAAAGUUUUCUGCACGUAUGUAUGAAAAUAACAGAAGUAUUCAGAUGCAUGUAUAUUAACGUGUGCAUAAAAAAGAAAAAGAGUUAAACUGCGCAAAGUUUUCUGCACGUAUGUAUGAAAAUAACAGAAGUAUUCAGAUGCACGUAUAUUGUGAACGUGUACGUUUGAAUUAAAUAAAUGUUUGAGCAUCUUUUCAGUAUACAAAAUGAUACACUUGGUAAUAGUUGUCAUAGAGUAAUCUAAACAUACCAUCAUUGUAUAUGAAUCAUCAUAGAGGUUCCAUUCAAAAGGAGAAAUAAAACAUUUCUCCUUAAUACUCAGCCCAAUGUUACUAAUUUUAGCAUAUUAGUUUAAGUAUCUAUUUACAUACUGUGUUAAUGUAGCAACAUCUGUCCAUCAAGGUAUUAUUGCAUAAUGAAUUAACAUAUUCAGAAAGUCAUUUGUUUUGGUUAACAAAACAGUCAACAGAUGGCUGUUACAGGUUUUUUGAUAUGUCGCAUUGUUUAUGCUGUUACAUUCUAUGGUAGAGCUGGUUGUCAAUUCAAUUUACUGUACAUAUUUUGGAAAAUAAAAGUAGGAAAUAUAU